AAUCAACAGAUGGUAACUUCAUUGGAACUUCACCACUGAUGAGACAGAUCAGAUCAGAUUUUCUCCCUUUGGCAUCCCCCUCUGCGUCCGACCGAAGACACAAUAGAAUAGAAGCCCUGCCUCCACGCCAAAGGGCCCUAUAAAAAACCCCUCUCACACACCCUGACCACAAAACUCUCUGCUCCUCUCUCAAGAGCACACCUAGAGACACCACCCGAUCAAAUCAUGACUCCAAACAUUAUUAUCGAAGCUCAUUCCCACUCAUUGGGUUCUCGAAUGACUGUGGCUCAGAGAAAAGAGGCACAUGAAUUGAGAAAGACUCUCAAGCCAUUGAUGGAAAAAAGAAGGCGGGCUCGCAUUAACGAGAGCCUCAAUCACUUAAAAACACUUAUACUCCCUUUGGUCGGCAAAGACGCUUCACGCUAUUCAAAGCUGGAGAAAGCUGACAUUCUAGAAAUGACUGUGCGGUUCCUCAGAGAUCUGCCUUCCACAUCAGUUAAAGGUCAAACAGGCAGCUAUAAAGAAGGAUAUAAAGCCUGCUUGCAGCGCAUCUCUGCGAUUCUGCCGCAGUCUAACCUCGAAACAGAAACCCGUCAGCGCGUUAACGAGUUCAUCCACUCGAUGGUGUCUGCGACGUCCUCUUGCCAGAACUGCUGUGCUAAGAACUCCAGAAUGAUUUCACAAAUGCACCAGAGACUUGUGAGCUUGAGGAACAGCAACUCUGCAACGGAGAACCACUCCAUCAGUACCGCAUCAGCUCCCAGUCAACCUCAGCCUGUGCCACAAGCAGCUGUGGACAUGUGGAGACCCUGGUGACCAAACACGCAACAGAAGCCUUCGGGGAAAUUGUUUAUAAUUAACUCUGCAUAAUAUUUAUUUGUCAUAGUUGUUUUAUAGUUGAAAUGUUAAGCCUGUGAUGGAGAUUAUAUGUAAGGAAUUUAAGGAAAUGUCGCGGCUUUGUAAAUGAAAGAAAGCCAGCGAGCACAGAUCAUGCUGU